ACAGCGCCGGGGGCGGUGAGGCGGGAGGUGCGAGCGCCCCCUGGUGGCGGGGCGGGAGGGCAGGGCCCCGGGACCGGCCCCAUCCCCGGUGCCGUCCCCGGUCCCCAGCGGUGCUGUCCCCGGUCCCCAGCGGUGCUGUCCCCGCGGCCGGUUGCUCCCCAUCCCCGUGGGUCCGUCCCGGGGGGGGCGUCCCGUGUCCGGUAUCCCCGACCCCGGUGUCCCCUUGCGGGGCCGGGGGGGUGACGGCUGCGUCCGCAGGGCCCCCACCGGCACCAUGAGCACCGAGACGCUGGUGAAGGACGUGAAACCGGGGCUGAAGAACCUCAACCUCAUCUUCAUCGUGCUGGAGACGGGCCGGGUGACGAAGACGAAGGACGGGCACGAGGUGCGGACGUGCAAGGUGGCCGACAAGACGGGCAGCAUCAACAUCUCGGUGUGGGACGAUGUGGGGAACCUCAUCCAGCCCGGGGACAUCAUCCGCCUCACCAAGGGGUACGCGUCUGUCUUCAAGGGCUGCCUGACACUCUACACGGGGCGCGGAGGCGACCUGCAGAAGAUCGGCGAGUUCUGCAUGGUUUACUCCGAGGUGCCCAACUUCAGCGAGCCCAACCCUGAGUACGUGGCGCAGCAGUCGCAGAGCAAAGGGGCCCAGAACGAGAGCGCGAGUCCGGCUGCUUCGCAGACCAGCCAGGGCCCCCCCGCGGCGUCCCCAGCCCCCGACAGCCAGAACGGGAACGGGCUGAGCCCGGGGGCCCCCGCGCACCCCCCCAGCGCCCCCGCGCACCCCCCCAGUGGCCGCAUCACCCGCAGCCAGCCCGGCCACCCCGGCCCCGCCACCGGCCCCGUCAGCAACGGCAAGGAGACGCGGAGGAGCAGCAAGAGAUAACGGGCCGGGAUCCCCCCGUGGCCCCGCUCCCUCCGGCCCCCGGUACGGUCUGGGGGGGUCCCCGGCUCCCCGGCACUGAGCAGCCCCUGGGGCGAGGAGGGGGCUAGCCGGGGUGUGCAGGGGUGGCCUGGGCCCCCCCAUCCUGGGCCAGCUGGGCUCGGGGGGGCCCGGGCAGGACGGGGCUGAGCCGUGCGGCCGCUGCCUGGCAGCCCUGGGGGGUCCGCAGCCCCCCCCAGCCCAGGACCCCCCCACACCCAGCCACUGCCUGCCCACGCCAAGGACCUGUCGGGGCGGGCGUUAAUAAAGGUUGACCUCC